AUGUACUACGGCAAAAAUUUUGCUCAUCGACUCGCACAACUCGUCACGUACACGUACCCGAAGGGAGCUGUGUACACGUACAACGUACGUGUACAGCUGUUAAGCUGUACACGUACACGUACGUGUACAGUACAUGUACUUUCGUACAAUAAAAACAAUGAUUAUCAUACACGUGUAACGUUGUACACCUGGGCCUUUUUAUCCUUUCUAAGCUCAUAUCCAAACGCUGAUAGCCACUACAACGUUGUACUGUACUCUGCUACAGGUACAACACUAUUCUUAUCAGUAAACGCUACCUGUACGCGUCACGUGUACGUUGUACACGUGUACGAAAGUAUGAAUACUUUCGUACUUUCGAAAGUACUUUCGUACAAAUGUACGAAAGUACAACGUACACGUGUAGUUGUACUUUCGUACUUUCGUACGAAAGUACUUUCGAAAAUACAGUUGUAA